CCAGGGAGCCCUCGGCUGAUAAAGGCUCUGACUGCCUUCCCUGCUCCCCAUCACUCUGCUGUGUCCACCUCUAGGAGUGAAGGUGUGAGAUAGGGACUGACGACAGAGAGGACGGUCCAGCGCUUGACAGUCUGUGGAGAUGGAUGCAACAGAGUUUCGGAGGCGUGGGAGAGAGAUGGUGGACUACAUUGCUGACUAUAUUGAAAACAUUGAGAAGAGGCAGGUCUACCCAGAUGUGGAGCCCGGCUACCUGAGGGGUCUGAUCCCACAAGAGGCUCCCGAGGACCCAGACAGCUAUGAUGAUGUGGUCAAGGACAUCGAGAGGGUCAUCAUGCCAGGGGUAACCCAUUGGCACAGUCCAUAUUUCUAUGCUUACUUCCCCACGGCCAGCUCAUUUCCGGCGAUGCUGGCUGACAUGCUAUCUGGGGCGAUUGGCUGCAUCGGCUUUUCCUGGGCUGCCAGUCCAGCCUGUACUGAACUGGAGACGGUGAUGCUGGAUUGGCUGGGGAAGAUGCUGAACCUCCCGGAGGACUUCAUAGCCGGCACCUCUGGAAAGGGGGGCGGAGUCAUACAGGGCAGUGCCAGUGAUGCCACGCUAGUGGCCCUCCUUGCUGCUCGACGCAGGAAGGUCCAACAGAUCCUGGCUGAACAGCCUGACCGCUCUGAGGCUGACAUUAUUUCAAAACUGGUGGCCUACACCUCAGAUCAGGCACACUCCUCUGUGGAGCGAGCUGGAUUGAUCGGUAGCAUGAGGAUGCGUAAUGUUCCUACUGAUGAAAAAUUUGCUGUCCGGGGAGAAGCUUUCCGAAGGAUCAUUGAAGAGGACAAGAAUGCUGGCCUAAUACCAACCUAUUUCUGUGCCACACUGGGGACAACUCCAUCAUGUGCUUUUGAUCACAUCACAGAACUGGGACCUAUUUGUAAUGCAGAGAACAUGUGGAUGCAUAUUGAUGCAGCGUAUGCAGGAAGCUCCUUCAUUUGUCCUGAAUUCAGGCCUCUCCUGAAUGGUGUUGAGUUUGCAGACUCGUUCAAUUUUAACCCACACAAAUGGCUUUUGGUCAACUUUGACUGCUCCACAAUGUGGGUAAAGAGGAGAUCCGACCUUAUCGGGGCUUUCAAAAUGGAUCCUCUCUACCUUAAACAUGAUCACGAAGAAUCAGGACUGAUCACAGAUUACAGACACUGGCAGAUUCCACUAGGCCGACGCUUUCGCUCUCUGAAGAUGUGGUUUGUCUUCCGCAUGUAUGGAAUCAAAGGCCUGCAGGACUACAUACGUCAGCAUGUGUGUUUGGCUAAAGAAUUUGAAAGCAUGGUGCGGAAUGAUCCCCGAUUUGAGAUCAGUGCAGAUGUUAUAUUGGGCCUUGUCUGCUUUAGACUUAAGGGAUCAAACGAAUUGAAUGAGGCUUUGCUGAAGCAGAUCAACAGUGCCCGGAGGAUCCACCUAGUCCCUUGCCAACUGGCAGGCACCUUCGUGCUCCGUUUUGCUAUCUGUGCCCGCACCACAGAAUUGCGCCACGUGCAGGAGGCAUGGCACCACAUCAGCGAGCUGGCAUCAGAGCUGCUGCUAAAGCAGCGACACUGAUUACCAAUAGGCACCCCCUAACUAACCACAUACUGUCUUACUAUGUGUCCUGCCACUCUGCUAACUGUUGUGUGUGUGUGAAUGUGUGUGUCUGUUUGCAUAUAUGUGAGCCUAUACAUAAAUGAUUUCUAUUUAUAUUAGUAAGUAGUGAGAAGGAGUCAUACAAAUGGCUACUGUUUGGUGGAAUGAAAAGGUUACACCUUUAGGCUUCAUGCUCAUACUCAAAUGUGAUUCAGUGUGACUCAAACAAAAAUGAAACCUCAAGAGAAAUGGCCAUGGCAUUGUGCCUGGCCCUUUCCACAGUUUUACUCCAUAUCUCAAUGGCAAUCUGGUCUUUGUGUUUCAGGAGGGUGGAAACCCUACAUCCAUAGCUGUUCACACACACACACACACACACACACACACACACACACACACACACACACACACACAUACAGCUCUGGAAAAAAUGAUGAGACAUUUUUCUGAUUCGAAUGAGUUGACCGUCAUAUUUAAAUUUGCCGUGGUCUCUUAAUUUUGAAUAUGACCGUCAACUCAUUCGAAUGUUGUAACCGUAGGAUGACAUCAGAAAAAUGUGCAGUGGUCUCCAGAGCUGUAUAUACUUUACAGUUAGGUUUGUUGAUAGUUGAUCCUUUUAAAUUAUGCCCAAAAAUGAAUACUCCUGUCCUAUACAUACACAUGAUGUGCAAUGGUUGAAGGUUUAAACUGAUAUAUUAGAAGACUGAAUAAGAAUUCAUGUAAUUUUAAUGCUCUAUUGUCUCACCAUUUAAGGUGUCAAUGGCCACUGGAGAAAAUGUAAAUAUUGUAACAACCUACCAUUAAGAAAAUGUUUUACUUUUCAGAAAAGAGUUACACAGCUAAUUCACAAUAUACCAAAGAAAAAAUAGAAGAGCUGUUCGACAUUGAUACAUGCACACAUGUGGACAAAGCUGUCAAUGUUUCAUUUUUUAAAGAGGGUUGUAAAAUGGGCUGCAAAAGGGACAUAAUUGUCUUGUGCACCUAGCAAUGGUGUAGCCAAAUGCCAAACCCAACAUAUUGAGAAAAUAUGAAGACAAAAGAACCAAUGUCAUUAAUCAACUGCAAUGAGUGCUGUGUUAAAACAAACCUACAUGUAAAUCCAUGAAUAAUGGUGUAUGGUUAUGAUUACUGGGUACAAAUACUUAUUUUUUAACAUUAAUUGGCCUUCAUGUUGGUGAUAUAUUGCACACUGAAUGUCAUUUACUGUCUGCAUUAAAGUGUCUAUAUGUGUGUUUUGGUGAGUAAGAAAACUUGUGCAGGUGCUUGUAUUUUUGCAAAGGAUGGAAAAGGUUAUAUGUGUAUGUAUGUUUGCAACAUUUGUUUUGAUAGUACCAGGUGUUCAAAGUGAAGAGAAACUAAAAAAUAUACCCAUCCAAAUGAAAUGCUAUAAUGCUAUAAAUCACACUGCAUACAUCUGGCAGUGUAUAAAUGUUUAUACAAUAAACUUAUGAUGUAACAUAA